UUCACUAUUUAGGGCUCUUCUUGACCUGUUAGGAUUUAAAGUCUUGCUCGGACGUUAUGAUAUGAUCUCUACACACAUUCAUUGCUUUUUGUGUUGUCCAUCAGGUGGCGGUGAAAUUUAUCCAAAAGACGGAACACAUGGAAUGCAUCAGCAUUCCUGGUCAUCCCGAACCCCUUCCCAAAGAAGUGGCUCUGACGAUCCUGGCCAGUAGAAAAGGUCCAGCGAUGGACAUCAUCAAGCUUCUGGACUGGCAGGACCAGCAGGACUUCUACGUCAUGGUCCUCGAGCGUUUCUCGCACUGCAUGGAUGUGUUCGACUUUGUGAAACACAACGGCGGCCGCAUUGAGGAGAAGUUUGCGCGGCACAUCAUGUGGUCGGCAACACUAGCCGCUGAUGCGUGCUGUCGCCGUGGAGUUUACCAUGGCGACAUCAAAUUGGAGAACCUGCUGAUAAACGUUAAGAGCCGCGACGUCACACUCAUCGACUUUGGAUGCAGCGAUCUCCUGACAGAAUCUCCCUACACGACUUACUCUGGCACAGAUUCGUACUGCCCUCCCGAGUACAGAAUGAAGGGCGAGUUUCACGGAAAGCCGGCGACGGUGUGGUCUCUGGGGAUCCUGUUGUUCAGAAUGCUGUGUGGAUACUUUCCAGAUACUUCCGACUUCUACAGGACCAAUAUGAACACCUGGUACAAAUCCAGCUUGACAGAGGAAUGCUGUGAUUUGAUCUGCUCACUUCUGCAGCAGAAGCCGGAGCGUCGGCUUGAUCUGGACAGGAUUAUUCAACACAACUGGUUUUAGGUACUGAGCCACGAGCUAAACACUAUUUAAGAUGUAUUUUGAAAACCUCACCUGUUCUAAGUGUGAUGAAUUUAGCACCCUUAUUUCUGU